UAGAGGACAGACACUUCAGUCAAUAAGCAACCACUCACUUUAAUAUAGUCUGUAACAUUUUUUAGCUGAGCUCCAAGUCCUUUGGUUUUAUUGAAAUCAUCUGCUGUGCUUUCAUUUGGGUAGAAUGGCAAGCUUUGGACUGCAGGUCGCUGGUUUUCUUAUCUCCCUGGUUGGAGUCUCUGCAACUAUUGCCGCCACUUUCAUGGUGGAGUGGGGGAAACAAACUCAAGGAAAAAAUCCUGUCUAUGACGGUUUGUGGAUGAGCUGCAGUGGCACCGCGGAGAAAAGCAACUGUGAACUUUACAAGCAUAUAUUGAAAGUGCCAACUCAUAUCCAAGCGACAAGAUCAGUGAUGCUGGUCAGCCUCUUCCUCUCUGCCAUGGCGCUCAUAUCCUCAGUAUUGGGGAUGAAGUGCACCCGUUUCAUGGAAGCUGUACCUCAAAGCAAAGUGAAAGCAACUAUCGUUGGAGGGAUACUGUUUAUCAUUUCAGGUCUUUUAACAAUCAUCAUCACCUCCUGGUACAUCAGUGUGGCUGUUGAGACCACACAUUCUCUAAUAAACAAAGAAUUUGGUCACGCAGUGUUCGUCAGCUUGGCGGGUGGAUUCCUGACUGCUCUGGGUGGAGUCAUCUUGAGUCUUCGGAGAUGUGGGGGGUCCAGAGGGUCAGCCGAGUCCAUAAGUACCAAUCAGCUUCUCACCACUAAAAACAUAAAGGACAAUUAUGUCUAACAGGAAAGCUUGGACCCCCACAUCCCACUGUGAGAUAACUAUCCAUAGUGGCAUUAUCCUCCAUUCCAUGAUGUAAAAAUGUGAAAAAUGCAAUACUCAAUGUAAUUUUCUUUUGUAAAAGUUGAUUUCUAAAGUGUGAACUUUUCUAAGAUUAUAUGGAUCUUCUUUGCUUUCUACUUCGACCUUAUUGUUUUGUAAAGAUGACUGCAAAGACUGUUCAGUCUCACACUGGUGUCAUUAAACUGUAAUUAUGCUAUGCAUUUGUUACCGCUUAUUCUUAUGUUUUUAGUUUUGUACAUUAAAUGGUUGCUUCUAAUAUUUAUGUAUCAGUUGGCGCUGUACAGUAUAUCAGUAGGAAAGGCUAUAUAGCUUAAAAAUUCAAAUUUUUAAAGGAAAGCAUUCACUUUCUAACACUGAAAUUAAGACAAAACUGUAUUUUCCUGCAUUAUGAGUGCCUCGCUUUGUCAUUUUAUAUUGAUGUAGUGAAAAAAAUCACACUCAUUUUUGCUUUAACGAUUCCAUAAACAAGACUGCUUUGAUUUUCUGAUUAUAUGCAUGAAUUUAAGCAGGCCUGUAAUAUUUCUCAGUGUCCUUUUGUCUUGUUCAAACUCUUCUUAAUAGCUGUGUGUCAAUGUUGUACUUAUGUUCAUGCAUUUCAUUUGCUUCCUUAAACACGGCCAGUGGACUUUCUUUUUAUUAACUCUAUUGUCCUGUUUUAUAUAAAUCUAU